CAUCGUGAGAGAGCGAGAACGCCGAACUGCUGAAGGCCAAAGCUCAGUCGAGGAGCAGGUCGAUCCCGCGUUGAGCGUCUGUGCAUGUGGCUGCCCAAGCGCCCCUACGCGCUGAGCCACGCGAUCAACAACGCGGACCUGCAGAACGCGUCACGUGAUGCAAGGAGAUCAAGCGGUUUCGGCCUGCCAGGUGAGACUCGCGAAGUAGAACAUAGAUGUGACAGUUGGGAGAAAGGGCACGACACCAGAGCUGGAUGGGUCGACGGCGUUUGGAAAGGAUUUUUCACAGCUCCCAGGACUGAUCGACAAGGCACCGGCCUAGAUUCCCUAGCAUGAACUCAGCUCAGGUCAACACUAGUUAUACAGCAACAGUCAGUGUCACCGCUGCUGGUGCUACCCAAGUCUGGACAUACCAUUGUUUUGGAGUUGUUAUGACUGAUGCGUGCCUGCGAACAGCAGCAGACCACUCACGGGGAGUGGGAGACAGGAUCAGCGUUUCAUCCGUCACUCGUCGCCCAUGAUCGAUACGACACGAGCGGGUUGACCCUACUCUGUCGCUGGGCUGACUGGCUGAUGACUGACUGUUGUGUUGCUAUACUCUAAAGUCGUAUCAAGCUCGCCCUUUGCUUACUGAUUGUUGAAUAACCACGGUGUGCAGUGCCAGAUCCAGGCCACACAAACCGAGAGCUAGUCCGAUAGGAGACCCUUUCAAGUAGCGAUACCACCGCUGACUGUGCCUGAGCACGAGUGCAGGAUCGGACACCCACGGGCUUGCCAGGCGAGUCACUACGACACUAGCCAGGCUGGACCUAUUCAAGCCCAUCCCAUCGCACUCCUCGCGUGUAGUCAGUCACCCGUGUCCCAUGCGAUACCCCCCUAAACUGCUGGUAACCUAUAGGCGAAUUAUAGUCAGCGUGACGGCAGUGAUUAGGGAAACGAGAUAGGUGAGACACAGCAUUCUUCCAGUCGUCAGUCCAAGGUCAGGAAAGCAAACACAGAAUUCGCCUCCAAGGCGUACGCUUGCUGGCAGACGCUAGCAGCUUUCAUUGCGUGAGUCGUCACUAUCGUUGCAUUGCGGACUGGACUGGACUGGACUGGAGCGGAGUCGGUGUGGAUUGUGAGUCCGAUAGUGAGAUCUUCUGCAGCUAGCUUGACAUGGUGUGCUGUCUGGACGAGAGACUAUCAUCGCUCAACUUGACACGACCGCUGCAGGCAGAUCCGUGGCCAACAGCAAUGGCACCCGCAUCACCGCCAGCACCAGAACAAGCAGUGCCACCUAAUGGGGAACCCUCCUUAUUAGCGACGACAUGCAGCAGUUGCAGAUCAGCACGAUAUGGAUCUACAUCGCUGCGUUUACUGCGCUAUCUUCUAGUUCCGCUCCUGGUGCUGUUGGUGCAGCAGCGAGCCCAUGCAGCCAAGACGUACAGCUUCUAUUGGUGGGAUAUCUCGUUAUUACGAUCAGAAGGACACCAUCAUGCCGACUACACGGGUUUGCAGAAGCAGCUGGUCGAUGGCGGUGCGGUGAAUCGGAGUCUGCUUCACACGGCGCGCGAGUAUUUCCUCAAGGAAUGCGUGAUCCGCAUGCACCCGAUGCAGUGGAAUUGCUCGCGCACCACGCAGAGGCAGUGGUCGUCCGACGUGCCUGCGCUUCCGCCGCCCUACUUCGGAAAGUUUCUCGAUCUCAGUACGCGUCAGGCGGCGUUCAUCCACGCGCUGUCCACGGCCGUCCUGCUACAGGAGAUGAUCAGCAAGGAGGUGCCGUGCGGCGCGCACUGCAGCAUUCUGAACCGAGAGCCGUGUGAGAUGACCCGCUGCACGACACAGAACUUCAAGUGCUGCCAGGACCUGGUGGAGAUCUUCGUCUCGGCCGGCGAUCGUAAAGGCCGCAAGAUGACCAAUGAAACCUACACGAACCGAGUCAUGAUCAAUCAGCAUAAUCGCAUGGCGGGCAUUAAGGCCAUGCUGAGCAGAGGCCUGAAGGAGCAGCAGAACUGCUUCGGGAUCAGCGGCGUCUGCUCCUUCAAGCACACGCACACAAUCAUCAGGGCCGAGGAGGCCGCUCAAUACAUUCGCGGUCUGUACGACAGAGCCGACGAGAUCAAAAUCGUGAAAGAUUACCUAAACACGCCGCAGAUUGUCAAGAAGAACGCGCAGAUAUCGCAUCACAGGAUACCAAUCCACGACGACGACAAGCCAAGAAAGGAGCAGCUGAUCUACGCCAGGAAGUCGCCCAACUUCUGCCGCCGUCGCUACGGGUUACCGGGCCCAUCCGGCCGGCAGUGCGACAUUGACGGCACCGAUGACGGUCUGACGUGUGACAUCCUGUGCUGCGGACGUGGGUACGUGACGCGCGUCGUCGAGUACCACUUUCCGCAGUGCAAGCCGGAGCAGCAGCUGCCCUGCUGCUACACGGCGUGCGUCCAGUCCAGUAACAGUCACGUAAUGACCUUCUGCCGAUGAGAACUGCCUCGUCGUCAUGUGCAUGGGCCGGUGAUGCUGAUCAGUAUGACAUCAUGAUGAUGUCAUGUUCACAUUAGGUACAUCAUACUCACAGAUAAAGGCAUGUGACUGAAUACACGGCGACAUCAUACGGCGCUCGGAGAGAUUACAUCAUCGCAGUGCGGGCAGUGCUACCAUCACUAUGUUGGCGAAAUGGAUGGCCGCCUGACUCGGACAGCAUCGCUACCCCCCCCCCCCCCCCACACACUGGCUGUCUCGACGUCUACCCUCCUGCCAGGCAAGCAGUACUGCCCUGCGCGGACUGGAUCUCCACAAACGUGCGCGGCGCCGCCUCGUACGCACAGCUGUAUCAGCGCACCUGACGCCGCACGUCUCAAGCCCAGGCAACACGGCUUACCAGCCACCUAUCUACCCUCCACUCUUGAGCCAUGAUACUCAACUAGUUGAUUCACUUAUUAUAAUGCCCCUAGGCAAAUUGAAAUUGGUCACCGUCGACCCCCCCCCCCCCCUUCACACCAGAAUAACGCGUAACACUUGAUCAAAUCAGUGACAGGUGGUCCAAGCCCCUGCCCACCAACUUGAUAUCAGUGUUGUAAUAUUUACUACGCAAUUGACUAACGCUAUCAAAAUACCCUUGGAGUUGAAAAUCGCUUGAACGACUACUCUAUCAGUUAGACCACACCAGAAGCAUACUUUCUUGAUGUAAGGUACAAGUUAAACUGCGUUUGCUUACCACCAGCCCCGGAUCACUGCCAGAACUUUUUUCAAAUUUUCAUUUCGCUUCCCUUUAUCCCGCCUGGUAGCUGCUGAGCACGCAGGACCGCAUACCGCUCGCACCACUAAUAAUUUAUCAGCUAGCUCACAAACCUGUACCGUUACUAACUUCUCUAAGUAGUAUUGAACUUGAUGAUCACAGCUCUCACACUGAAAACUUUACUUUAUAUACGUGUAAGUAAACAUGCAGCAUGUUUUUGAGAAUUCUGAAGCUCCACUGUAGUCUUUUCAUUAACCGCCAACCGGCAACACACGAA